GGCGACUGCGGCGGAGCGGGAGCCUCGGAGACGCCGCGGCCGCCAGCAGCGCCGGAGCUCGCAGCCCGCCCCGGGGGCCGCCCGCGGGCCCCGCGCCCCGUCGCCGCGCCGGAGGAGCCCCGUUGUAUCAGAAUAAGAUGGACGGUAGCUUUGAUUGUGAUUGUGGUGAGCUGGAGCCACCUGAUCACUAACAAAAGACAGCUUCUGUCAAACAACAGCUGCCAGGGCUUCCUGUUGAAAUACAGAGCAACAAAGGAAGAAAAGACGCAAAACGGAAAUAGUGCUCACCAGCACCUUAGAACGAUGCUGCUCAGGACAAGUCCAACACUGAAUGUAUCUGCACUGUGAGGAGAAUGUUCAUAGAAGCCUGUCGUGUGCAUAUUUAUUCACAUUUUUGUUAAAUGUUAAAUCGUUUAGCACAAGAAAUCUGAGUGCAUAGUAUGUCAUUUCAUUCCGUUUGAGUUUCUUGAGUGUUUUCUUUAAAUGUCUGCAGAGUUGCUGCCCCUUCUUGAACUAUGAAUACUGCGAUCUUUUUAAUUCUCAAUAUGAGUAGAGCUUUCUGAGAUCAAAAUCUAAGGGGAACUCAACGGGCCUGGUUGGCAAUGAACAUCAAGAAAACAUCUUGCUGUGGAAGCAAAAUUAUUUUUCUUCUCCCUUUUUGAAAGAUCUUUCCUUUCGAUGCCAGUUUUCUUCCUUGUUUACACAAGUUCAACAGUUGGAAAGGAAAAAAGGCAAUAGUAAGGGUUUCAAAAUGGCAGAGAAAUUUGAAAGUCUCAUGAACAUUCAUGGUUUUGAUCUGGGCUCUAGAUAUAUGGACUUAAAACCAUUAGGUUGUGGAGGCAAUGGCUUGGUUUUUUCUGCUGUCGACAAUGACUGUGACAAAAGAGUAGCCAUCAAGAAAAUUGUCCUUACUGAUCCCCAGAGUGUCAAACAUGCUCUACGUGAAAUCAAAAUUAUCAGAAGACUUGACCAUGACAACAUUGUCAAAGUGUUUGAAAUUCUUGGUCCCAGUGGAAGCCAAUUAACAGAUGACGUGGGCUCUCUCACCGAACUGAACAGUGUUUACAUUGUUCAGGAGUACAUGGAGACAGAUUUGGCUAAUGUGCUGGAGCAGGGCCCUUUACUGGAAGAGCAUGCCAGGCUUUUCAUGUAUCAGCUGCUACGUGGGCUCAAAUACAUUCACUCUGCAAACGUACUGCACAGAGAUCUCAAGCCAGCUAAUCUUUUCAUUAAUACUGAAGACUUGGUGCUGAAGAUAGGUGACUUUGGUCUUGCACGGAUCAUGGAUCCCCAUUAUUCCCAUAAGGGUCAUCUUUCUGAAGGAUUGGUUACUAAAUGGUACAGAUCUCCACGUCUUUUACUUUCUCCUAAUAAUUAUACUAAAGCCAUUGAUAUGUGGGCUGCUGGCUGCAUCUUUGCUGAAAUGCUGACUGGUAAAACCCUCUUUGCAGGUGCACAUGAACUUGAACAGAUGCAGCUGAUUUUAGAAUCUAUUCCUGUUGUUCAUGAGGAAGAUCGUCAGGAGCUUCUCAGCGUAAUUCCCGUUUACAUUAGAAAUGAUAUGACUGAGCCACACAAACCUUUAACUCAGCUGCUUCCAGGAAUUAGUCGAGAAGCACUGGAUUUCCUGGAACAAAUUCUAACCUUCAGCCCCAUGGAUCGUUUGACUGCAGAGGAAGCGCUCUCUCAUCCGUACAUGAGCAUUUAUUCUUUUCCGACGGAUGAGCCAAUUUCGAGUCAUCCUUUUCAUAUUGAAGAUGAAGUUGAUGAUAUUUUGCUUAUGGAUGAAACUCACAGUCACAUUUAUAACUGGGAAAGGUACCAUGAUUGUCAGUUUUCAGAGCAUGAUUGGCCUAUACAUCACAAUUUUGAUAUUGAUGAAGUUCAGCUUGACCCAAGGGCUCUGUCUGAUGUUACUGAUGAAGAAGAAGUACAAGUAGAUCCUCGAAAAUACUUGGAUGGAGAUCGUGAAAAGUACUUGGAGGACCCUGCUUUUGAUACCAAUUACUCUGCUGAGUCCUGUUGGCAGUACUCAGAUCAUCAUGAAAACAAAUAUUGUGAUUUGGAGUGUAGCCAUACUUGUAACUACAAAAUGAGGUCAUCAUCAUAUUUAGAUAACUUAGUUUGGAGAGAGAGUGAAGUUAACCAUUACUAUGAACCCAAACUUAUUAUAGAUCUUUCCAAUUGGAAGGAGCAGAGCAAAGAAAAACCUGAUAAGAGAGGCAAGUCAAAAUGCGAAAGGAAUGGAUUGGUGAAAGCUCAGAUAGCUCUAGAGGAAGCAUCACAGCAACUGGCUGAGAAAGAGAGGGAAAAAAAUCAGGGAUUUGACUUUGAUUCUUUCAUUGCAGGAACUAUUCAGCUUAGUUCACAGCAUGAAUCAUCUGAUGUUGUUGAUAAAUUAAAUGACUUGAAUAGCUCAGUGUCCCAACUAGAAUUGAAAAGUUUAAUCUCAAAGUCGGUGAGCCAAGAAAAACAAGAAAAAGGAAUGGCAAAUUUGGCUCAGUUAGAAGCUUUAUACCAGUCUUCCUGGGAUAGCCAGUUUGUGGGUAGUGGGGAAGACUGCUUUCUUAUAAAUCAAUUUUGUUGUGAGGUAAGGAAAGAUGAGCAGGUUGAGAAAGAAAAUACUUACACCAGUUACUUGGACAAGUUCUUUAGCAGAAAAGAAGAUACUGAAAUGCUAGAAACUGAGCCAGUGGAGGAUGGGAAGCUUGGGGAGAGAGGAAAUGACGAAGGAUUUCUGAGUCAUGGUGGGGAGUACCUCUUUAACAAGCAGCUUGAGUCCAUAGGUAUCCCACAGUUCCACAGUCCGGUGGGGUCACCACUUAAGUCAAUCCAGGCCACAUUAACACCGUCUGCUAUGAAAUCUUCCCCUCAGAUUCCUCAUAAGACAUACAGCAACAUUCUGAAACAUUUGAACUAAAACACUCAGCAGACAUUUCUCUUUGUGUUUUUCAUGAAGUGUGUUUUGUCUUUCAUUAUAGUUUUAAGUCAUUCUCUUUUUUUUUUUUUCACUUGAAUCAGAUGGUGUCAUUUAGAAAGGAUUUUGUUAGUUCUUGGUUUUUUAAAUCCAAACUUUUUUUCUACAUGUGAGAUGGUUUUCAUUUUAACUGGCAUGUCCUUUGCACACAAAACUAAAGAUUGAGCAAAAUGAUGCAAUGCAGGAGGAGACAAAUGCACUAAG